UACUCCCUUUUGACGAACUACUUCUUUUACCUAGACUAAUAGCAAGAUAAAAAUGAGUUUUAAUAAUCAUAGUCACCUCCGACCUAAUAUACCUACUUAUUCCCAACACCUGGAUGACGAAGAACAAUAUACAGAUCACAAUUCCCCAUUAACUGGGAACCCAUACUUUCAGAAUAGCGCACCAUCACGAUCAUUCAAUAAUUCGACCACUUCCCUCAAUUUCCAACAUCCUGUUCCUCCUCCUACUUAUGACACGCUGAGCCAUUCCAUAAUUGAUGAUUAUUAUAAUCGUCCGAUAUUUGACACAAAUUCUAGACUAACUGCACAGGAAAACCCCUUUCACGAAAAUUACGAAAUGGAAUAUACUGGACAAGGAUAUAAUAAUAAUUAUAAUCAAGCUUUUGUUCCUAAUGUAUAUGAUGACGAAGAACGUGAAUUUGAUCAACAUAUCCAAUAUAAUCGAUUUGAAGGGGAUCAUUACGAUUUAGCCACCGUCAGCUAUGUUGACGACGAUCGUG